AUGACUACUGAAGAGAUGACGCUCGCAGAGAUGAAAGCGGCCUACGAGAAGGCCCAAGCAGAGCUGGCCCAAGAAAGGGCCUCCAUUGAAAACCUCCAGAAGGAGCUCAAAUCCGUGAAAAGUACCAAGUAUCAAUCGCGUUACAAGCCAGGUGCAAAACCGAAGAAGUUGAUAUUCGAGAUGACUGACGACUCUGAGGACCUGUCCGACGGCGAGGAGCCACAUGGGAAAGAGGAUGAAGCAACACUGGACCCCGUCACCAAGCGCCUAAAUAAGAUGGAAACUCACAUGAAGAAGCGAUGCUCGUUGAUGAUGAAGCUGAUGACCAAACUGCCGGGGGCACCCACGCCCGUGGAAACCGAACCGACCGACGGGUAUGCAGCAUCGCCGUUCUGUGAAGCGAUCGCUAGAGUGACGGUACCACACCAGCUCCGACUCCCUACCUGGACCACCCUGUACGACGGAACGUCUGAUCCGUAUAGACACGUCAACUUCUACAAGCAGCGAAUGUGGCAGAUCGGCAUCCCCUACGACCUGGUCGAGCCCGUCAUGUGCAAAUCCUUCGGAGGAACCCUCGAUGGAGCAGCCCUGGAAUGGCUCAUGAACAUAACACCUGGAUCUAUCUUCUGCCUGUCCGACCUCAUCAACGCCUUCUACCAACAAUUCGCCAGCAGUCGCCAGUUGGAGAAACAAACAAGUGACCUCUAUCGGUUGGUCCAAAGACCUACCGAGUCGGUACGCGAUUAUUUUAACCGUUUUAAUUGUGAGAAAAUUAGUAUAAAAAACUGUGAUGUCAGGACAGCCAUCGAAGCAUUCAAGAGAGGUCUCGUCCCCAACUCGGAGCUGUACCGGGAACUAACCAAAUAUCCCUGUGCAACCUUCGAAGAGGUCAGAUCGAGGGCCACUGCCCAGAUGCGGAUUGAAGACGACGAGAUUACACGAAUGGUUUCUCAGCGACCAGCAGGGGGCAGCAGCGACAGGAGGAAUGAACGGGUCGUUUAUCCCCCCAUCUCCGAGUAUGGCUUCAACGUUGACAUCGGAGGCGUGGUGAACGCCCUUCAAAGUGUAGGUGGUACCGUCAGAUGGCCUAAGAAGAGCGACAGACCAGACUCUACAAAGGACAUGAGCAGGUGGUGCGACUUCCACCGCGACAAUGGCCACACAACCGAGGAAUGCAUCUCCCUCAAAAAGGAGGUGGCGUAUCUAUUGAAAAGAGGCCACCUGAAGGACCUACUGAGCGACAAAGGAAAGGAGACGUACAACAAGGAUAGCAACUCCCAACCCAACCCAGCACCAAGCGGCGACCGACCGGCCCCGCCCACGUUCGAAAAAGUGGUAAACGUUAUUUCUGGUGGUUCAGAUAUAUGUGGACUAACUUCUUCUGCAGCUAAAAAAAUCAACAGGGGCGAAUCUGAAGCCGUCAAAGAGGGGCAGACCGAAGACGAAGUAGCACUCGACAAGUCAUUAGCAGCGAUGAUAAUAACCUUCGACGACUCAGAUUCAACCGACAUAAUACAGGAACAUCAUGACGGGCUAGUCAUAUCGCUCCCAAUAGGCAACGCUCUCAUCAAAAGGAUAUUGAUCGACAACAGCAGUUCAGCAAACGUAUUGUUCCUAGAGGCUCUGCAAGAAAUGGGACUAGACGAAAAGAGUAUAAUCAGAAGGUCGACAGUCCUAGUAGGAUUCAGUGGAGAAUCGCUACGAACAGUAGGAGAGAUAUCGCUGCCUACGUAUGCAGAAGGUGUUAAUGUGAUGACCAAGUUCAACGUCGUCGACUGCCCAUCAGCAUACAACGUCAUUUUGGGACGACCAUGGAUCCACAAGAUGAAGGCGGUGCCGUCGACAUACCACCAGUCAAUCAAGUUCCCAACCAAAUGGGGAGUCAUGGAAAUCAAAGGACAACAAAGGGACGCAAAGAAAUGUUAUGAAACGGCGCUGAAACCAUCAAAGUCAUCCAUCUAG